AAAAAAAGCCAUGGGCGGCGAUGACGCCCGUGCGCCGCCGGAUCGAGAUCGACUGCCAGGAGGUUUUCACCGGCCCCUCCUCCCCCGACCGCAAGGCCAGCGUCUUCUUCGCGUCCCCGACCGCGAGGCCCGAGAAGCGGCAUGGGGCCCUCUACCCCACCCGGAGGCUCUGGGGCCUGCGCGGGAAGCUCGAGCAGCGGCGCCGCGAGCGCUGCCCCGGCGCGGUCGCGGGCGACGGGGCGCCCCGCCGGGUGACGCGCGCGGCCGCGAAGGCUGAUGAUGUCGGCGAAUGCCUGUUUCAGGGAGAUGAGCGCGAAGGGGAAUGGGAAGGUACCUCUGCAUCCGCUGCAAAGAAAUCACGCAAGCUUGAUAUUGAGAAAGAAGAUGCACUUCUCCACAUGCUUGGUGAAGUCAACAAAUCACUUCAAGCAUCUUUGAAGUCUGGUGAACCUGUACAGGUGCCAGAAGGCACCUCCCCUGAAGAAAUCUUUGAAGCGCUCAGAGGAUACCCAGAUUGGCCUGUGCCGACCUGCUGCGAGCCUAUAGUAUGCUUAUCCGGGAUGAUCGCCGGUUCAGAUCUCUUAUGGCACUCCCCAAAAACAUGUGGAAGGAAUGGCUGCUUAUGGAAAUUGGAAGCACAUGAGGCUUAUUGAGACAGCAUGCUAGUGAUAGCCGAUUGGGAUCUCUUAGCCUUCUAAUGGAACUCGAGAACAAGUGAGACUUGUUGAGUUUGCCCUGCAUACCAUGCAUAUUAAUGUAAUGGUGUUUCUAGGGAACUUGUUUCAGUGGUUCUUUCCUAGUUGUAUGUUACUAGUUGUGCAACGUCUAACUCUAAUGUCGUUAGCUACUGCGGAUUCUCCACAAGUGUAAUGUUGAUUAUUCGUGAGAAUGUGUGGAAACAUCCUUUAUUCUCUUCAA